UUGAAGUGGAAGUCUUUGCGGGUCUGUUUACUGUCCAUUUAUGAUCAGACAGGAUUGAGGAACACACUGUUAUGCAUUCAAGCGAUGCAUUUAGGAAAAAGGCUUUUGGUGUGCUGCUCUUGCUGCAGUGGAGCGCUCGAAGCCUUAGCGCAGUGAGAGACGACCCUACAGACACUCAUCCCCACUGUGUCACUGAUGGAUCGACCGUAAGAUGCACAUUAGAAGAGACAGACCUGCUCAGUUCUGACCUUAUUAAAUUGGGAGUCACUGAGGGACAGACAGCGGACAUUUACACAGAAUGUCGACAAAACAGCUCAAAUGGGUUUAAAUGUCUCUGCUACCAAAGGGUAAAUUUCACUAUGCAGCUGUUACAGCACUCUGAGAGAGUUGAAAAUGGAACAUACACUGUACUCUGUGGCAAUCACAGUAUUACAGUUGUGCAGUCACCACAAAGGAGGCCAUCAGUCCCAGUGCUCAAAGCUAUUGCAAGAGCAGGACAACAAAAUACAGCUGAUUUAGUUUGUAUUUCUGAGGGGAACCCUAAACCAAUCAUCAAGUGGUAUGACAACAGCACCAAACCAAAGGAAGAAGGGGAAAAUAGAUGGAAUAGGACAGAGAGCAGUUUGCUUAGUUGUCCUGAUAGUCCAAAGUGCUGUGCCAGUAAUCAGCUGGGGCAAGAAUGUUCUGAGGUCUAUCAUUAUGAUCUGAAUACGAAGGUGGAUGGGCAAAGGGCUCAAAUUUUCCUGAAAUCUGGUCAAUCUUUGCUACUCCGAUGCAAACUGGACUCAAGAAGAAGUCCGGAGUUAAGAUGGUACUUCAACAACUCUUUGGUCAAUGGAGUCACAUCGCUAUAUUUUUACAGUUGGAUGGAGCUCUUCUCUGUUGAAUCAGUUAAUGUGACAAAUAGUGGAGAGUACAUCUGCAAAUCGAAACACAACCACACGGUGUCCACCCAUGUCAGGGUCUUUGAAAACGACAAAAUCGACAUAUUGCAGUUGAAUGCGAACAACAGCAUUCUAGCACAAAAUAAGGCAAGCUUCUGCUUCCAGGCUCUGGUGUUCUCCUACCCAAAAGCCCAGUGCCACUGGAUUACACCAAAUCAAACCAAAAUAGAGUGCAUAGAGACUCAUUACCAUCAUCAUAAGAGUACUUUUAAGUUUUGUAACCCUGAACCAGGACAGUAUCAAAUGAAAAUAGAAACUCAAGAACAUAGUGUCAUAAGGAAUAUGUCUCUUUGCAUAUCAGACAUUCCUAAAAUUAAAAUAAUCAAAGAUUGGAACAUUACCACUUGCAAGACUCAAAGCUCCACACCUGUGGCUCUGUCUUGGAAAAUCUGCCCAUCACAUGCUAAAUGCAUUGAUCCUGAGGACUGGAAUGAGAUGCCCAUUGCCCCCUCCAAAUUCCUAGACUCUGAUCAGUUCUGUCAGAAGAAGACUGUCUUUACCAGAACACGCUCUAACAGAGAGGACCAUCUUAUCAAAUGCUGCAUGACAAACAUAGCAGGAACUCAUUGCAGUGAACAAAUACUACUGCAAACAAACUCCUACAUGGAUUACGUGAUUUACUUUGUGCUCAUCAUUGUACUACUUCUGGUCAUCUUUGCCUUAAUCAUCUUCAUCAGAAUUAAGAAGCCUGUGUACCAGAGCCAGAUCCAGAUGAUUCAGAUUGUCGGACCCAACGACAAUGACUACAUAUACAUUGACUUCAGGGACUUUAAGUAUGACCCCAAAUGGGAAUUUCCACGAGAGAAUCUGGAGCUUGGAAAAGAACUUGGGUCUGGUGCUUUUGGGAUGGUUGUGCAGGCGACAGCGUAUGGAAUCAGCAAGCCAGGAAUUUCUAUUCAGGUAGCAGUUAAAAUGCUAAAGGAGAAGCACCAGGUAGUGGAGAAGGAAGCUCUGAUGUCUGAACUGAAAAUGUUGACUCAUAUUGGACACCAUGAAAACAUUGUCAACUUGCUUGGGGCUUGCACGGGCUCAGGUCCCAUUUACCUGAUCUUCCAAUAUUGCUGUAAUGGAGAUCUCCUGAACUACCUGAAGAGCAACAGAGAGCAUUUUCACAAAUAUCUGACUGAUGCUUUCAACAGGGACAGAUUCCGAGGCCUUUACCACAACUUCCAGCAGAAGAGAAACUCCAGUGAGUUUGUUGAGCUUAGUGACAGCCCGCGCUUGCACAUUGACACAACUCCUGUAUCCAAAGGACAGGAGAAUGAGGCACUGCUCAGUCCCAGCAUCAGCUCAGUGUCUACUAUUGAGGAAAUGCUUGCAUGUGAUGAUGAAAUUCAAGAAGAGGAACUUCAGAGUCUCACCUAUGAUGACCUGCUGAGUUUCUCUUUUCAAGUUGCAAAAGGCAUGGAGUUUCUGUCUGCUAAAAAUUGUAUCCAUAGAGACUUGGCAGCCCGAAAUGUUUUGGUGACAAAUUGCAGACAGGUGAAGAUUGGUGACUUUGGCCUCGCUAGAGACAUUGAAAAUGACUCCAACUAUAUUGUAAGAGGAAAUGUGCGCUUGCCUGUGAAGUGGAUGGCUCCUGAGAGUAUUUUCAAAGGGAUGUACACAAUGCAAAGUGAUGUCUGGGCCUAUGGCAUUCUGCUAUGGGAAAUCUUUUCUCUGGGAGUCACCCCAUAUCCUGGUAUAACUGUAAAUAAUACAUUCUAUACAAUGAUAGAAAGUGGGUAUCACAUGGAGCAGCCCUUUUAUGCAUCAGAAUCUGUAUACAAUGCGAUGCGUCGCUGCUGGUCAAUGGAUCCAGUAGACCGACCCUGUUUUUCCAAGCUUGUGGUCUUCAUGCAAAAGGAGUUGGCUGCUUUGGAAGAGAGGCUCUAUUACAAUGCUGGAGGAUACAGUCAGAGUGACUUAAUUUAUCAGAAUGCUAAACUGGUAACCCCUGACCCUACAUUGAUGGACUGAAGACAAGAUGUCUGUAAGACAUCGCCGGUGAACUCAUCCUCCAACACAGCAAAUACAGAUGAAGGCAAAGCAAUGGAGGUUAGGAGUUCAAACCAGGAGUUUACAAUUAUGUCUGGAUGCUCUGGCAUUGGAACAAAAAACAUCAGCAAGUUUUGUUCAGCACAUGCUUCCAUAAAUAAUUUAUUUCAUAUCCAGUAUACAUUAUUGUUGGAAUUGCAAUGAUUCAUUCAUGUAGAUGUUUUCAAGGCUAAUAAUUGGCAAUAACAAGUAUUCUGAAAUGUUCCAUUUAUUAACUUAAAUGUACAGUGACUUCAUUUUGGGCUCUUCAGAAGGGUGUGAGUGUAAAUGCUGUAAUUAAUCAGUAAUAUUUUUAUAUGUUGUUUCGUGCACCAAGCUGCCAGUAAAUUGCACCAUUUGCUUUCCUAUAAAUGCUGAGAUAAUGAUCCUUCUUUCAUAAACUUAUACCAGUAUUACAGUAAGCUUUUUAGACAAUUGUUGAUUCUAGAAAUAUGAGCUUGGAAAUUAUGAAUAUGUUUUUAAAAGAUAGGUAUUUUUGGCUGUGUCUCACAUUAUGAAAUUGUUUGAUUUUGCUAACUUUUUAACUCAGUUUUUUUUAACUGUCCUUUGACUUUUAUUGUUUAAUCAUUACUUUUGACAUAUUAUAUGUCAGUUUAUCAAUUAUUAACAAGGAUAUUCCACAGUAUGCUUUUUCAUGCAGUGUCAUUGUGACACAAAUGUAAUAUUGCUCAUUUGUCCUGAUAUUCUAGACACAAUGAUGAGUAUAGCAUUCAGUAAAGUAUAACAGUACAGAACUUAACCAUAUGGCAAAAAUCAGCGAACUAAAAAUAUUCACACCCUCUUAGCCUGCUGUUCAGGUUAAACAUGCUUAACUUUUUCACAUCAUUGCCUAUAAAGUGAUAAUGGGAUAAAAUAGUGAUGGCAGUUGCUAUUCUCCUUGCAUUUGGGAGCAUUGGCUCACACAAACCACUUUUUAAAUCAGUUCUUAGGUAGGAUGGUAACUAUAAGAUGCCAAAAAGCAAAUAAAAAAUACAAAUGUAAAACAAGUUCAAUCUUAGCCUAUAAUUCUUUGUUAUUUCAGAGUGUUACAGAGGCCUAUGGCUUACUGUUAAAUGCAAGCCCACAGAAGGUGGCGCGAUAGAGCCCCUAUUGAGACUCUAUUCCCUGAACAUCUCAGGGAAUAGAGUGAUGAAACUGUGAUAAAAAAUAAAAUAAAAUAAAAAAAUUGGGCUCAUCAGCUUUGUGGCUUAAUAUGAAGAAGCAUAUCAGCUUAGACAUUGACAACCUUCAUCAUCACAUUAAGUAUCCAACAAUAGUCUAUUCUUAAAAGGUUUUAGCUGAACAGUUUAUAAUUUCAACCCGCAUGACUGCUCGAGUUUUUGGUGACUUGCCUUACCCCAACGGACAUUGACCUUGUGCAAUAUUGGCUUUUGCCAUUUCCAUUACA